AAAUCCAAAUUAUCAGUAACGGCACGAUCAGCUCUUAUCAACAGCCAUGAACGUAGUGAUAUUAACUCUGCUUGUUUUAGAAUGCAGUAUUGCAGUUCAGGCGUGUGUUCAACACGAUUUCUUGAAGGCUCAUAAUCUUGUUAGGCGCUAUGAAAAGGCUGCAAAUAUGAAGAAAAUGAUAUGGAGUGAUGAUUUAGCUGAUCUUGCUGAAAAUUGGGCCAGGGAAUGCAUUAAGGGCCAUAGUGAUAAAAGCUUAAGGAAAACGAAAAAAUUCAAGAAGGUCGGCGAGAAUAUACAUCGAAGUACCCGUAAAAAAACAGGUCUCGCUGCUGUGAGUAGUUGGUACAAAGAAAAGUCGUUCUACAACUUUAAGAAAAACAAGUGUUCUGGGGUUUGCGGCCAUUACACACAGGUUGUAUGGGCUACGUCAGAAUACGUCGGUUGCGCUGUUGCCUACUGUCCGCGUUUCUUUAAAGGCAGAGGAGGAUACAACUACGUUUGCAACUACGGACCAAGGGGCAACUGGAGGAGGAAAAAGCCAUACAUCCCCGGGUUGCAGUGCAGUCGAUGCCCCCGCGGUUACACUUGUCAGAAAGGACUGUGUGCCAAAAAAUCGUAAAAAUUCAAAUCCAUCUUACAGAUCGAUGACACGAUGAAAAAGUAAACGUUAAAUCGAUCAUCAAACGUUUUAAAGAUGCUUUGAUUUUGUAUGUAUUACAUGUAUAUGUAUAUAUCUAGAUAGACUUUUCAGAAUAUUAAAUUCAUUAGAGAU